AUGACUUUUUCGACCAGAGUAUAUGGCUUCUCAAUUGGCCAAUACAUCUACUACCUUCUUCACUACUCUGAAGACAAGCGAAUACUGAAAGUACUGGUGGCCUCACUGGUUCUCAUAGACACGCUUAGGAACGCACUCUAUUUACAGGCUAUUUGGGUUGAUCUUAUCCAGGACCAUGCUGCAGUACUGCUGCUGCUCAAGGGCUUUCCGCAAGCGUCGCUUGCUGCUGAAUUUUUCACGGCCUUGAUCAUUCUGAUUGUCCAGAGUUACUUCAUUUGGAAAGUUUGGGAAUUAAUGGGAGAAAACAAAUAUCGAACGCGUCUAACGUAUAUUGCAGUUUUGCUCACCCUCGUGACCUUCGGAAGUAGCCUUGCUAUUGUUUACGAGAUGUCUCGUGCUUCAGUACAUUUUUCGCAAGUAAAUGUAUCAUGGGCGACACCGGUGAUAAUUGCGCUGUCAUGCUGUCUUGCUGUUGAUACAUACAUAACGGCCGUUCUGUGCUUCAUCAUGCGUCGAUCAAGGACCGGAGUUGCAAGCACAGAGAACAUGCUUUCGAUGCUCGUUCGGUAUAAUGUUGAACGUGGCCUCAUACUUCUUAUCAGCCAAGUGGCGUUCACUGGUGUCCUUGCAUACGGCAACGUGAAGCGCAACGAAGUGGCUGCGGCGAUUUUUUAUCCAGCAGGCUCAUUGUACGUCAAUACGAUACUUGCAGUCCCGGCUGCGCAGCUUGCUGCGUAUGAAUUUGUGGCCUGUUGGGUAGGUAUUAUGCCAUACUUCGACUUUACUCGGGUCAUCAGCAACUCGGACGAGAAUGAUCAUGGACCGACGAUGGCGGACACAUUUACAGCGACUACGAAGGGACCAUUCAUGGUGUCCGUACGGGAACGGGAGUAA